CUUGACUGCUUGACGCUCCUCAGUCAGAAACACAGGAAAGCUGUUGAGCACUGAGUUGCUCGAGACUCAUCUCCCUUCAAAAUGGAUCAAGAAUCAAAACCACUAGCGUUCCACCAGAUAUUAUGCGGGCAAACUUUGAAUUUCCAUCAGGAGUUUCUAAAGCGUCUAAGGCGACGUCUACAGCUCACCGAAGCUAGUGCAGUAGAUCACUGUGAUUUCAUCAUUGCUUUUGUGCCUCUUGUGUCUCGAGCGGGAACGGACAUCCAGGCUGCUCUUCAGAAGAUCCCAACGGGUAAGCCAGUAGUUCUCGUCGCGCUCCACUUCACAUUUGACGAGAAUUACGUUGCUCCAGAGAGCCGUUGGAAUGUAAACAGGGAUGACGUGCUUGCUGUGGACGUGCUCUGUUACGAAGACAAGGGACUGCUCAGAUGCCUUCGCAAUGACCAGGCCCUGAAAACCGUCACUGACCAUCUGAUCUCUAUUGGAGGUUCACCCAGUUUCGAGCCUUUUGAAACACCCAGACCACAGAAAUCAUGGGGUUACCUGUCAUUCAUCAUCUUAAUCUUUUUUAUUUUUCUUAUAACAAUAGCGAUAGCUGUUGCUGCUUCCAUUUACGUAAGGACAUGGGAAAAUCACAUUGCAUCUACAAAGCCGCCUUACACUACCAACAUUACUGCAAACAAUACAUCUAAUUGAUUUCUGUACAUUUGCGGGUAAAUAAAUUUAAAACUGUCUCCUAUGGGACUAGUCUGAAAUGUAAUGUGCAAUAAUGAAAUAAUUUUAUAUAUUAACAGACAACUUUCUUGUACACACUUCUUGUUCAUUGUUGUUCUUAGCUUUAUAGACAUGGUUAAACGUAAUGUAAGGGAGAGUGGGGACAACUGCAACACUUUUUAUAUUUCCUUCAGUUACUCACCAUCAUUUUGCAAAUUCUUUAUAAUAAUUAUUUUUGGUUAUUUUUAUACCUUCCUCUUGCUUACCUCUUUGGUGACCUUAGACUAGCAGUUUUAGGUAUUCUCCAUCCAUCUAGGACCCUCUGUAGUCCAACUAUGGACCGUGGAGUCCAGUGGUGACCAUUGUAUUUAUUCCCAUUUGUAUGACCAUGGUAGGUCCUCUGGUCAACAUUCUCACGCACAUCCACACACUAAGCUAAUCUGCAUGUCUUUGGACUGUGGGAGGAAACCAGAAAACCCAGAGAAAACCCACUAUGCACAGAAAGAACAUGCAAACUCUAUAAACACAGACCUGACGCAGGACUCGAACCCAGGACCUAGAGGUGCAAGGCGACAGUGCUAACCACUGAGCCACAGUGCCACCUUUACGUAUUCUGCAAGGCUCUUUUUACGUUGUUCAGGGACGAGUCAGUCAGUCAGUCUAGCUUCUCUCUCUUUGUUGUGUGGCAAACUGCAAAAAUCUCAGCCACUAGCCAUACUGUCCUUCCAUUAUCCUAUCUGUUUUUCAUUUCCACUUUCAUGGCAGAAGCCGUUAUAGCUGCAAGGGCGGGGCCGACUCCAUAUUGAAGUAUAUGUGUAUUUAAAUACAAGGUCAUUCCAGAUACGGCCAAAUACUUUUGUCCAUGUAGUGUAUAUAAGAUUGUAGCUGUAUAUAAUGGCCUUAUGAUUUAUGUUUUUGUCUUUAAUCAGCAAUAUUUUAUACACAAAUGCUCAAAUGAAUUGUGCACUUUGGAACUGUAUUCAUGUAAUCAAAAUAUUUAAUAAAAUGUAUAUAAUAUUGUCAGCAUCUCUGCGUAAACAGGUAAUUCUCAAAAUACGAAUGAGAAAAUAUUACUGGAUUUUUCUUUUGUAGUAAGUCACAUUGUUAUUUGCAUAUCUGCUACUGGCUUAGAAUACAAAAAUACAGUUGGUAGUAAUAUAGACGUACAGAGCUUUUCUGGUGACA